AUGUCUUCCUCGAAGUUGAAGGACUUUAUUCCAUAUGAGCUGAGCGACGAGGAAAAUAGGGACCUUGACGAACUGAAGAAGGGGAUCGAGGCGCGGAAGGAAAAACUCACAAUAGCAAGAUGUGGAGAGCUGCCCAAAUGGAAGUAUCCUUUGAAAAUAAUCAAAGAAGCGCAAGAUGCGGCAGAGAAGCACCAGGAUCUUGUCAGUGGGAGGCUAAUCCGACUUCUCGAAUGGCCUAGUAAGGAAAUGGCAGAUGGAGACUUCUUCUAUCAAGCAGAUCCACCCAACAACGUGUUCGAUCGGAACAAAAACUGGUUUACUGAGCAAGGGUUUCACUCUUUCGCGACACAGUACUCGUUUUCGGACAGGUGGGACAAACAGCCUCUGAUGGUGUCAAUUUACGUACCACAACAAUUGCCAGCAGAUCAGCGGUCGGCCGUUAUGUGGAUGUUCCACGGUGGCGGGUUUUGUACUGGCGCUGCUAACUUCAUUCCUUGGUACUCGCAAACUGCUAUUCAGAGGGCCAAACAGAAGAAUGCCAUAAUCAUAGCACCUAAUUACCCUCUCGGGCCAGAAGGCAAUUAUAUUGACAUUUACGAAGCAAUUCACGACUUCCUCAGAUGGUACAAAGAGGACGGAUACUUUAAGAAGGACGACAAUGACAAAACCGCUUCUUGGCCGCAGUGGUUGUGCUGCGAGAUGGAACAGAAAGGGCAGAAACUCAACAUUGCCAAAGAGUGCGUGUAUAUUGAAGGGGAAAGCGCAGGCGGUCACGCAGCCGUGACUGCGAUGUGGCUUAACGCAGACCGGGAACUAGACUUGAAGAUACCCGUUCAAGCGGCUCUAUUACGGUUCCCUAUGAUUGCGCACUACAAACGCAAAAUCCCUGAUGGCGAGAAAGUUCUAUACAUGAACCAAUGGUUUGGAAAAGACAUUCUGAAGAACCGAGCCGAAGAUGUAAAAAAAGAAAUCCUCAGGCUUGAAAGACUGGGCAUUGUACCAACCUGUACCCAGAGACCACCUCCUCGUGGCAUGGCCUUUGCCGUCGUCCUUUCCACCACAGAGACAUGGCAGCCAUUCUUCCAGCGCUAUCAUGGAUAUAAUACACUAGCUGAAGGGCCGAACAUCGACAAGAACGACGAUCGCAUUAUGGAUGGCAUUGAACGAGCCGAAAGAUGUGCAGAGUCUGUACAUCAUGACCUUCUUCCACCAAUCUACAUCUAUCACGGCAACGAAGAUCCCAAUUGUCCCCUCACGGACACCGAGAAGUUUGUUGAGACGCUCCAGGAUCGCGACCUCUAUGGCGAUAGAUUCAAGGACGAGGAAACGCUUUGCUUGAAUGUCGUUCGGGAGUUGAACAAGAAGCCCGUGUCAGAUCCAGACGCCGACAACGGAUUGAAGUAUGUUCGGACCGAUGAAGUGGGGCACGGUUUUGAUUACUACCUGAACGAGAACGAAGAGCAGUUUCUGAAGGACGCGUACGACUGGGUUGGCAGUCGUUGGGGUCCUAAGAAGUGA